AGCUGAAACUUCAGAGAGACCCGAAAACAACACAGCAUGCUGAGCUUCCCGAGGAUCUCCACUGGAUAAAAAAUUGUAAAAAAAAAAAAAAAAAAAAAAAAAAAAAUUGUUUCUUUUUAACGCUUCCUGGGAAUAACGUGAACUUUUUUUUUUUUGGUUGUGUGGAAGUUUGCGGGACUGAGAGGGCUGUCAGGUCUUUGGAGGUUGGUGAAGGUUGAGCGUUGUGUGCUGCAGACUGUCAUUAAGGGCAGUUCAGAGGGAAGGUUUCUGACACACAUGCUGCUAGAACAUGACGAGGACGAGGACGCGACUUUUCAGCGCACAAACGGGACUUUUCUGAGCUCCGCUUCCCGUCUCUGCGGAGGAACAAUAUGACUUACUGAAACAGCUCAACAACGCCUUGUCUCAAAGGAUAGAUUCUGGUCUCUUGGCACUCAGCUCCAGAGCAGAUGUGGGAGGAGGACCGUAGCCCCGAUGCCAGCUCGCCUCAGUCUCCAGAUGGUGCCCAUCUUGGCCCAGAGAGCUCGCCAGUGGAGUAUCCCAAUGGCCCCGACUCAGGCGGGGAUGGAAGCAGCGAGCACGCCGAGCAGGAACCACGGAUAGAGGAAACAACAAACACGGACAACGUCGACAACAACAACAGUCUAUCACAGCUGGAUUUUAGCAACCCACCCAGCAAAAGCAUCACAUGUCAACCUCAGGCCAGGUCUACGCCCUUGCAGAAGUCAUUAACCAGCCCUUCGGAGUCUGCAGCACUUCUGAAAAAUGGCAAGUCUCUGAAACACCAGGUGCACAGCAACGGCGUCAAGAAUGGGGCAGCACUCUUGCGGGCGGCAUCUUCGACAUCCUCAUCUUCGUCCGCUCAUCAUAAGAGCCCCAAGAAGUUGCAGUCGAACCCGUCAAUCAACAGCCAGAGCAGCAAGAAGAGUAAAGGAAGCUCAAAGUCCAACAGCUCGCAAAUUCCUACAGAGGCCCAGGAUGACUGCUGUGUGCACUGCAUCCUGGCCUGCCUGUUCUGCGAGUUCCUAAUGCUGUGCAACAUCGUACUGGACUGUGCAACAUGUGGCUCAUGCUCCUCUGAUGACUCGUGCUUCUGCUGCUGCUGCGGAUCGGAAGAAUGCGGUGACUGUGAGCUUCCUUGCGACAUGGACUGCGGUAUCAUCGACGCCUGCUGCGAGUCUGCCGACUGCCUCGAGAUCUGCAUGGAGUGCUGCGGCCUCUGCUUCUCAUCCUGAGCUUCCUGUAGGGGGCACUGCAGUAUUCACUCAGAACUUCUAGAGAGAAGUUCUAGAGAGAAGUUCUAGGUGGGAAAUGCGAUCAGAAGACUCCUUACUGAGCUUCAAGGCUGGGUUGCCAAUGAGAAGCAUGUGAAAUGCCGCGACUGAGGUCCAGUUCCGUUUUCCCGAGCUUGGCGAAUGGGUUCCAGCUCAGUGUGGGUGAAGUCAGAGACUUUUAGCCUUGUCCUCAGAUUUUGCAAGAAUUCUGGGACAUUCGCUGUUUUUUGCAGUCUGCUUUUAGACUCUUCCUCCUGAUCCAUCUUCAGUAGUUCAACUUGAUCGGAAGAGAAAUCCUUAAGACAUAGAAGCUUGCUAAUGGUGGCAGAAGUUGUAGGUUAAAUUGGUCAUUUUCACUCCUUUUUCUUCAAAUUCCAGUUCUUUUCAAUUUACACAUUUAUUCAAAGAAUGAAUCUCACCACUGUUGCUUUACUCUAUUUUGGUGCACCAAAUCCCAAUGCAAUAUGAAUGUAAAAAUUCAUACUGUAGUUAAGCAAAUCAUGGGGGAAGUUUUUUGACUACACACAAUUCAACUUUAAGGGCGUUUAAAAACCUCUAAGGAUUGAUUUGGAUUUUUUUCUGCACAUUAUUAUUUUUUUGUUUAAAUUCCAAAAAAAAAAUCAUGCUUGAAUGAGAAGUCACUGACCUUUUUUUUUUUAAUAUGAUGUCAUCUUGAAGCAGCUUCAAAUUAUAUUCUCCAGGAAACUGUAACCAGAUUUGACUUCAUCGGUUUGGCUACGCUGACGGCACUUUCUGUGUUCUAAGACGCAGACACCACAUAAUGCAAAAGAGUUCCUAUUAUAUAUGCACAGUUACUGUAGUACUCUGCUGUUCAUAAACAGUGAGCACAGGACUGAAAAGGACACGAGCUGGAGAAAGGGCUGCGUUUAUUUAAAUAUUUCAUGCAAUGCACAGGCUUAAUGAUGCCUUGUAUUUACUCAUGUGAACAGAGAGAUGUAUUACUCUCUUUAUCCCAUCCUGUGAUUUUUUUUGUUUUUGUUUUUCCUUUUCUUUCUGUCUUUGAUUCAGUUUUAUCAAGUAUUAAUUCUUCUGAUUUCUAAUUGUUCUUUAAUGCUGGAGGUUUGUUAAAACCCUGUUCAAAAAGUGCUAUGCAAGCAUUAAGUACACAUUAACUUUUUUUUAAAGCAAAAGUAGGGAUGCACUCUAGUUUUGGCCACUGAAUAUUCAGGGGCAGGAAAUGGGCAAAAAUGUCACUUUCAACUUUAACUUUUAUUUUAAUGCUUUUAAUUAAUGAUAUUGAUUAAAAUGGAAAAGAAUUAACUCCAAUAAUUAACAAAAUGCACAAAAAAACUAAUUAAUAAUAAUUUUAAGUAAUUUUCAAGUUCAGAUUUUGGUACGGAGUGCCCGAAAUGUCAGUUUCGGCCAAUAGUUUUAAUAUUGGUGCAUCACUCGCUAAAUGCCAACAUCCUUGACCUUUUCUGUCAUUUGCUCCUUUAUAAUUUGGUUGCAACCUUUAUUAACUUUUUCAGUAUAGGUCUGUUUUGACCAUGAAAAUGCUCAAAUUAGCUGUUAUCAGUUAGCAUGCAUUAGUUUAUUGAUUAAUGAUGAUAACUGAAAUAAGUUGUUGGUUGGUUAUUUGUUCUUAUAGAUUCUCUCAUGACAUUUUUCAGCUUUUUAGUUUUUAACAUGAUGUGUGAAUUUCAUUUGAAUUUAGCCUGCUCAUCAAGUCAGUGCAUAUGGUAAUAAUUGUAAUUGUGAGAAGCCUAUUAUUUGUUGAUGCAGGGUUUUUUUUGUUUUGUUUUGUUUUUGCAGUUUAACCAAAGGUCAAGAACAGCAAAUUACCAAAUCAUGUUGUAGUUACUAGUCAAUAAUGUUUACAUCGUGAUUUCAAUCUACAAAAAAAGGAACUGGAUAUAAAAGAUAUCGAAAAUAAAUGUAAAACUUGACAAAGAGAGUAGAUAUGUAAAAUUCUUCAUAUAAACUAUGGAAUAAAAGAGCAGUGUUGAAACUC